AUGGCCCCCCCCAAAGCCCCCAAAGCCGAGUCGUCCUCAGCAACGAGACUAUUACGUCUUGCAAGCGAAAGAAGAUUGGAUAGCCCGCCGUGGGCUUUGAAAUCGCUCUUUUCAGCUAAUCAUUUCACCGUCACAGCGCCGUUAAACCAAAAUCCCAUGCACGACAUAAUUACAACCAACCAAACUCACACUACUUACCUAGGCAAGCAGCAGUACGCCCUAACUCGACUCGACUUGCGACACCCCCAAGACGUCACUAUACCCACAAUUUCCCUUGGUAUCGUUACGGUUGCACCCAAUGAUGCCACUUCGCCCCUCUUCCCUUCAACCUCCCCACUGCCUGGUCCUUAUUCCCGCAGCUUUGCACUUUCCUCAUCCAUCCAAGUCCAUACACACAUAGUACACAUGCUAUCGGCAUUUUGA